ACGCGCAAGCGUGUGUCAGGCUGGAGUGAAGCGGCAGGUGGGGGGGGGCGUGACGUACUGCCCCCGUCCGGCCUUGGCGUGUUGUUGUUUGUUCGCGCUUUAGCUGGGCUACGUCAGCUAAACUGUCCGAUCGCCGAAGCGUCAAGCGGCCAAUCAGAGCCAGGCCCGCGAUGACCAGGCCCGCCCUCUACUUAAAGCCGCGUCAGCGCCGCGUGCGUUGCGAGUUGAGUGGCGGGCUGCUAGCUAUGGUCUUUCGACGCUACCCUCUGAAUUAGGCGGGCUCACACGAGGGAAAACACCUCCUGCUUCAGUAUUAAUUCCUAAUGCUCAUUCCUGCGCUCCACGUCAAGAAUUAGGAGUUCCCACGACCAGACGUGUGUCCUUCAGAGUUAAUGUGGCCCUCGCAAGGUUUUGAUUUUGUUUCUUUUUGCAUGUUAUGUGUGGCUACGUUGGUGGCAGACGAGCCAGUCAAGUUGCCCUUGACUAGCCAAAUAAGAGGUGUUUUAUUACAGUUUAUGACGUUUCGAAAAUCAUUGCCUUCCUCUAACCAGCUGAGGACAACGGAAAUGGUUUACCCUCCGGAUGAGGUGGGUUAGGCUGAAAAAGAUGACUGUCUCAAGGCCACCCAGCGAGCUUGGUGACUGAGGUAGCAGAGCACACUUCCCUGGGAGUCUUACUGGACUCAGUGGUGCUUACUUCUGAGUAGACAUGUACAGCGGUACUUCAGUUUACAGACUCUGCUAACCCAGAAAUAGUACCUCGGGUUAAGAACUUUGUUUCAGGAUGAGAACAGAAAUCGUGCGGCGCAUUGACAGCAGGAGGCCCCAUUAGCUAAAGUGGUGUUUCAGGUUAAGCACAGUUUCAGGUUAAGAACGGACCUCCAGAACGAAUUAAGUACGUAACAAGAGGUACCACUGUAUAUGGCCAAAUCAUGGAGGGAGAUUUGAAAGCAAGUGCCCUCAUUCUAGCCUUAACACUUAAGUUUUAGCUACACUGGUUCUCCCAAUAACAAAGUCCAAAGUGGCUACUAUAAUUUUUUCAGUUUUAUAAAUGGCAGUUGUACUGGUGGUAAAGAAUGGUGCUUUGCUCACAGAGCCCUCAUUUCAAAUCUCUUUGUAAAAAAAUAACCUAUGUUAUGCAACGAGGCUUUAGCUUAUGUUCUCUGUUUGUAAAAUGCUCGUGAUAGUGCUUUACAUAGUUACUCCACCAAAAAGCCGGUGGGGGGAGGGGGAUGUUUUCAUCUGGUGCAGAAAGGAUAAAAUUUUUGGUGCCAUGCAAGCUCUGGGGAAGGAAAUCCACCAAAUGGGUGCAACCCACCUUACCUCAAAUGGGGGAAGGGGGUUGGAACAAAUCUCCAAAGAGAAGGGAGAAAGAUCCUAAGGAACAUAAAACUUUAACAGUAAACACCAGCUUCAUUCAAUGAAUGUGAUAACCAGCGGGAAAGAACUAAAUCAUCAGUUUGUUAGCAUGUUUAAAUUUCACAAGUCCUAAACAUAAAGAAUCUAUUACUCAUUGCUAGAACAACUGUGCUAUCUUUGAAUAACUAAUCUAUGACAGAUGUAUUCUCCAUUUUAUAAAUCUACUUGAAAACCUAUCUGAUAAAAGAUCAUCCCUGCAGUAUAAUGAUUUUGUUUAUAUCAAUGUGCUUGUCACUCUGCCCUUGAAAAAAAUUAUCGUAAUACCACAAAGUUGGGUGGAUAUUGAAAAUAUGCAAGGCCUUGAUAAUGAGACACACUGCCCACAACUUUUAAGAAAAACAUGCUAAGGAGAAAAAACAACAACCCUUCAGGCAAUUUUCUUGUAGUGUUAAAAACAGUAUGUCUAAAUAUUUCAGUAUGUGUGUCUGUGACCAAAAGAGAAAUGGGUGGGUGUCACAUGGUGCUUGUUUCCAUAUAGGAAAAAUGCCACAUGUAAAGUAAACCUUUCUGGAAGUCUUCAUAACUCUCACGGUUACAGAGAUGAGGAUAAAUACUUCACCCCUACAAGCUAGUCUAUUUUGGCUUCAGUUCUAUUUAGUUAUCAUCAUCACAUCUUUACAUGGUGAACAGUUCCUGUGCAAUGAUGGACAGAUACAGUAUUCUCUUUGUUCAUCUGCCCACUGUACUUUUCUAAUGAGGGCUCUUGCUGUCCCACUGGGCUGCAUACACACAAAACUUUUAAAGUACGUGGCUUCCCAGAUAGAAACCUGGAUACUAAUUUACCCUCUUCCCUGAGCUACAAGUCUCUGCAACCAUAACAAACUUCAGUUACUGGGAUUCUUUGUGGGAAACCAUGUCCCAAGUCAGGAGGCUUUGUUUUGAGGGAAAGCUUGUGGGGGGUCUUUUUGUGUCUGAUGUUAUGCUUCCUGCCACAUACACAAGCUCCUGCAUGUGGUGUUUGUUCUAGUGGGAUCUCUAUUGACAUUACUAUGUUCUGAAUGGGUUUGCAAGGGUCCUCGCACUGAGGAUGUGAUGCCACCGAAUAUAACCACUCCCACAUUCCUCCAAUGCCAGAUGUCACACUUGCCCAUUUGUAGCCAGUGGAAGGCCUUGCAUGGUUUUACUGUGCCACCUGCAUUUCUCGAACCACUUACAAGUGCAGGCUUUCUGGGUGCACCAGUCCAAGUUAGUCUGGCAAACUUACGUGAAUAGAUUGCCAACAGGAGGCCAAUAAACGGCUGUUUAAUCAUUCUGCAAAUACGUCUAUCUAAUUGUGCUCACAGGUACACAACUAUCGAAAUAUACAAAAAAAUAAAAAAAUUGUCCAGUAGCACCUUAGAGACCAACUAAAUUUGUUCUUGGUAUAAGCUUUCGUGUGCAUGCACACUUCUUCAGAUACACUGAAACAGAAGUCACCAGACCCUUAUAUAUAGUGGGAGGGUGGGGUGGGGUUUUUCUCAGGAGGGUAGUAGGAGAUGGGUGAUUGACUCAAUGGGUACACAACUAUGUUAUAAAAAGCUUGUUGAACUUUGAUGUACGCAUAAGGCCACCGGUCACUUCCUUCAGUGGUGCUGCACUGUUUCACAGAGAUGAAUGAGGGCCUCCACCCCACCUGUGGACAUUCUGGUUUACAUCAACCUUUUCCUACAUCAGAGGUGGGGAACCUUUUUCGCUCCAUGGGCCAAAUCCUUAUCAAAAUUAGCCUCAUAGGCCAAAUUUGACACGUGGGUGGUUUUGUCCACGUGUUAAUCGCCUGACAUCACAAUGGCAUCAGGCUGAAGGUGCUUUGAAGUCCUGAAGUUGGGACUUCAAAGCACCUUGCAAGGCAGAGUUAAAAGUCCCACCCCCUCCAUUUUAGCAGAGGAUUCUAUGCAAACCUCUUCCUGAACCAGUCUACACAGUCAUGUACCACUGUUUGCCCCAUAAUCAAGCAAACAAAUUUGGAAAUCUGAAUGGCCUUAAACUGUCAGCUCAAUUUCAACAUUCUAUAACCGAUGAUAGGGUCAGACUGCUAAUAAGAUAAUAAAGCAUGCUAAAAUGUACUAAAAAAGCUAAUCAGGGAUAAACAGUAAUGAACAUUAAUUGUCACAUCACUCAAAAGCAACAUGUUUUAAUUUAAAAGCCAUGAAGAUUCCAAUUAUGUUUUCUGAGGAGUUUGCAAAAUAAAAUGGCUUCACCCCAAAUAAUAUUAAAGCAUUAUUUUGCAUUGAAAAUGCUUUUUUAACCAGUUUUUUUUAACUUCAGCAAAAUCUGGAGAUAUUACAGAUAUUAAAUUAACCCGUAUUCUAUAACAGUUGUUUGGUUAAGUAUCUGUAAUCUCUUUUCAUUCUUUUUGCUACACAAGUCAAAGUUUGAAGUAUUGUAUCUAAUCAGUCACACAUAACACACCAUGUCUUAAGCAGGCAACUGGAAAGUAAAGAGACCAUAGAACAGCCUUUGUUUAAAUAUUUAAUUGAUGCACCUUGACCAUAAUGUAAAUAAGGAAAUAUUAAGUUGUCAAUUAGAGAUAAUUGUCAUAAGAUAAGAAUUACUAUUGGGAGCAAUUCCAGUGAUUUUUUUCCGCCAAGAAUGCAUGUACUGGGCACAAUGCUACUUAAUUUGGCAACUGCUGUUAAACUGAGAUCUAACAAAGUAACACACAUAAAUAAAUCAAUGAGACUGGUGUUUAAAAGCAAUGUAAUGCCACUGUGGUCUACAGUGGUACCUCUGGUUACCUCCGGAGGUCUGUUCUUAACCUGAAACUGUUCUUAACCUGAAGCACCACUUUAGCUAAUGGGGCCUCCCGCUGCCCCCACGCCACCACCGCGCGAUUUCCGUUCUCAUCCCGAGGUAAAGUUCUCAACUCUAGGUACUACUUCCGGGUUAGUGGAGUCUGUAACCUGAAGUGUCUGUAAUCCAAAGUGCCUGUAACCGGAGGUAACCACUGUAAUGGAUAUAUCUUUGACUUUUCCCUUGUCUCCAGUGCUCUUCAGAGUUAGAAAAUCAUUACUACAAAUAGGCAGGCUUUUCCUCCUAUAACUGUUUUUGAAGUGAAAAUGAGAUAAUCACUACAAACUACUGAGUAAAAGAAAAGGAAAGUGGAAAUAUCAGUUGGUUGGUUGAUUGAUUGAUUGAUUGAUUGAUUGAUUUCUGACUAUACAUGCCUAGCUACGAUUGAGUACAAGUCCUAGAGAGUUCAGUGAAACUUAGCUCCCAGGUUAAGAAUGCAUUUGAUUAUAUUUCUCGACUUGAUUAUGUUUCUAGACCUUAGUAUCAGAUUCCUUGGUCUUUACUGCUACUUCCGUUACAUAAGUGCCAAAUAUAUUGCAAGAUCAGUAGCUUGUUAAGGGUGCUGGGAAUUGUAACUCCAUGUCUGAGUAAUAAAGUGGUAGAUUGGGACUAUAUCACUCCAGAUGGUUGAUGGGGAUGCCUUUAAACAAAUCCUUUCAAGUAAAAGAACUAAGCACACAAUUAUUUGAAUGCUGCCCUAUGUGAAAAUAAAUCUCCCUUCCAAUAGGGGAUCUCAAUAACAUCCCAGUAGCAUCUACAGUGUUACCCCAGGUUAGGUACUUAAUUAGUUCCAGAGUUCCGUUCUUAACCUGAAACUGUUCUUAACCUGAAGCACCACUUUAGCUAAUGGGGCCUCCUCCUGCUGCUGCUGCGCCACCGGAGCACAAUUUCUGUUCUCAUCCUGAAUCAAAGUUCUUAACCCGAGGUAAUAUUUCUGGGUUAGCGGAGUCUGUAACCUGAAUCGUAUGUAACCUGAAGCAUAACCCAAAGUACCACUGUAUUCCACUUUCUUAAGUCUGCAGAAUUCCUGACUACAGUAGGGAAACCCACAUAUAACGUGAACUUCUACUGUACACAAUAAACUAUAUUGAACAAAACUGAUAACAUUUCUUAGAGGAGGCAAUGAAUAUGGCCACCUCUAAUGAGAGCAAAGUCUCUUCUCUCAGUGCACUGUUUUUAAAAACUGUUUUAUAUCCCAAAGCAUACUAACUGCAUGUUCCCCUUGAACUCAAUAGGACUUACUUCUGCAUUGGCAUGUUUUAGAAUUGGGCUGUUAGCCAGUUAACUUCUGUGCUCCUCCGAUUUGAACUUUUUUGCUCAUGCAGUAUUAAGCAGAUUAACAAAGGGUGACAAGGUUAAGCACUUGUAAAAACUAUUUACACAUGAUCUCUUUAGAUCAGCAGCACUGGGAGAAAACUUACACUGGGGUAGUGAAUGGAUGGAAGUGUUACUUCAGAGUAACACAUUUUCUGCAGAUGAGAAUGCUUAAAUUGAAAGUCUGUUCAAGGGAUAUGCAUAUGUGAUUAUUUAUAGUCUCUUGCUGAAUGCGCCUCUCGCACACUUCAUUCUGUGAACAAAUAGUUUUCCUGGGUUAGAAAAGUGUGUGUUUGUAAGCAUUGUCACAUGGCAAGUUGUACCUGCUGAGAGGAAUAAGGAACAACAGCUUGUUCCCUCCUAGGAAUUAAGAGGUAUAGUUAUGGGCUGGCUAUGUUGUUUUCCGCUUCACAACAAACCCUUGAUUCUUUCAUGACAGGAGAUUUAAAUAUUUUAUAGCAUACUGUGCAAAACAGUCAAUAGCUCAUGCUCCAGUACAUUGCUGAAUGAAUUAAUCUGAUCAAUAGGUGAGAUGCCAAGGACUUGUGUUUUGCCAAGCAGGCAAAAUGUGGGUUUUGUUUCCAGAUCAUGGGAUGGAAUGAACACACACUUAAUCUGAAUGAAAAACAAUAUUCUGUUGAUAUGCUCUCUGAUAUUGGGAAAUAAUACGUGAGGUUUCCUAUUUAAAACAGAGUUCUUAUGAAUCGCCAGAUCUGCUCAGAAAAUUAUUGUUGCCAAUAUUGGAUGAGCUUCUCUAUUCUGAUACGUUUCUUCCUCCUCACCUUAAUUUUGUUUGUAGACUCCUUGAGGUAGGGAACAUCUUUUGAUGACAUUACUGACACACUAAUGGCACCAUUUAUUUAUUUUUAAUGUCUGCUGCUUUCCUCCUCUUACUCCUGCCGUGCAGAACAGAUACAGUACAAGCUAUAUAACAGUUCUUCUGUUAAGAUUAUAAAUACUUUGCAUUUCAAAUAGAUCCCUUAAGUGGUAUGAAAAUUCAUGAUACUUAAAUAAUAGAGAUCAGGAGGAAUUGCCUGCCUGUUUUGUUAUCCUUUAUUUCCGUAUCUUCAAAAUGCAAGGAAGAAGGGCAUCGGAACUGGAAAUUAUAUUUUAUAGACCUUUACAGGGACAGUAUUGCAAAAUUAUGUGGCAGCUCUUCUUUCUUGUUUUGUUUUGGAUUUUUUUUAAUAAAAAAAAGGCCCAACAAUUAGCUUUCUCCAAAGCCAUUACCAAUAUAAGCUGCCUGAAGGUCUGAGAUGUUUUCACGGUAACACUGAAUGUACCUCUCAACAAGAAGCAGUUUUUAUAAAGCUACAGCCGCCUUUUGUGGUUGGAAUCGGGGGGGGGGGGGGACUUUAGAAAUGCACCAGGUGUUAUCUUACAACACAAAAUGUAGGAGAUACAGCAACCCCAUGUGCCAAAAAAAUAUAUAUACUGUGUAUAUAUAUAGCAAGACACAGCUCUCUCUAUUUUCCGCCUAUUAAACCCUCAAGAUUCUGGAACUCAUUCCUGCAGGUGGGCUGGAUGAGGUUGAACUGAAACUUAACCCAUGGUGGAAGUCCUGUGGGUUGGAAAAUUGGCCAGUCUAGAUGGAGGUGUACAACCAGUUCUGGGCGGGUUUGCAGUCCCCACGGAAAGGCCAAACUUGCAGCCUUGUGGUUCUAGAUUAGUCACUAUUUGUGGAGGUUCAGGUGACAGUGGUAACCAGGGAAGUCUUUUUAGUAGUGUAGGAAUUGCAUAUUUAGAGCACUUGAACCUUAGCCUUAGUUACUCAUUCACCACUUAUAUGCAGGCUUAACUACUACAGUUGCACUUGUGGAGUUGCCUUUGAAGACAAUUCAGAAGCUUCAAUUGGUGCAAAACCGGCACUUGGUUGUUGUCAGAGGCAAGAAGAUUAGAGCACGCAACAACAGUCAUGCACCAGUUGCUGUUUCUGGGCCCAUUUCAAAGUGCCUGUGUUAACCUUUAAAGCCCUAAGCAGUUUUGGACCAGAUUAACAUAAGGACCUCCUUCACCCGUACUAUCUUAUCCAUUUGCUGAGAUCUUCAGAGGCCCUGCUCGUUUGCCUGCUGCAAGAUUGAUUAGGUUAGACUGAGCAAGAGAUAAAGGGAUGUAUCCAAAGAAUACAUUGUGUGACUGAAACUACUUUCACACACACAAGGUAACUUCCACACUCUUCUCCCCCAUGCACCCCGCAAAUCUGCUCUGGGGGUUCCCCCUAAGCCUCUGAUUUUGGGGAAACAGGUGCACUGAGUGGAGGGAGAAGAAAGGGAGAAGUUCCACUGAAUAAGCAGAGGUGGUUCCGCUCUUGGAAUGACUUUGUUGGAUACAACAUAGAACCUUCUCCAUGUCAGCCCCACCGUUUUGGAACUCUACUGCGUUUGGCCUCUGCAGUACAUCCCUUCCAAAUGAGUCUUAAGAAUUAGCCUUUUCUAUGGCACAUUCUAAUGAUGGAGCCAGCAGUGAAACGCUGAGCUGUUUCACAGACAAAUUCCAUGGAAGUUUAUUUGGAAGUAAGACCCAUUAAGUACAAAAGGCCUUAUUUCCUAGAAAUUGUUUAGAAGAUUUGUAUAAUUAACAUGUUUUAUGGAAAUAUUUGAAUUAGGCUUUAGGCCUAUCUUAUAAGCUGAUCUCUUAAAAAUGUCGGCUAUGCUUGAUCUCAUCAUUUUAAUGUACCUUAAUGCAUCUUAUUUUGUUAUGUAUGCUGCCUUGUGUUGUAAAAACAAGAACAAAAAGGAAUCCUUUCCAGACUGGACUACUUUGGCAUACCCUGCAACAUGUUGAGUCCCAAAACCUGGAUACAUAUCUUCCCAUCCGUGCUCCUAUGUGAGUCAUAUGACCUGCACAAUAUUACAGAGCCUAAAAGAUGUGCUUUUGGUGGGCCAUGCUUUCUCAGUGCCAAAAUAACACAUGUUUUGGGGCACCAUGUGGAAAUCUUGGUGUGAAAUCGCACAAUAUCACAGUGCCCAAAGUGGCCACGGUGCUCUUGUGGGAAACAAUUGGAUGUCCUGUUGCAGGAGUGGACUUGCAAUUCUGUAUAUUUAAAUACUCUGAAAACCCCUGUUAAAAAACAACAGCAAUGUAUAAGAAAAACCUCCAUAUCAAAAACUAUAAUUCCUAAACUUUUCUCCCUGUCAAUUUUCAGACAGGGAGGUGAACCACCAGGAGCAUUCAGCCUUUAGAUAAUCCUAACUGCAUUAAAGUACAUGUUUGCUUUUUCCCCCUGCACACUUGAAUGCAGAUGGAAGGCAAACAUUUGGGCAAAUGGAAAGCUUAUUUCUAAUAAUCGGGAAGAACGGUCAUGUGUUGCAUUCAGGGUGGGUUUGAUUUAAAUCAAAUUGAUUUAAAUCAUGAUUUAAAUCACUAGUCAGUAAGACUUGAUUGAAAUCACUAGUCAGUAAGACUUGAUUGAAAUCAUUUUUUUACAGAAAGACCCAUUCUUACUGGUAUAAUCUUAAUAUUUACAACCAGAGGAAGUUUUCAUUUUUGGAAUAAUAAAUUUUCAGAGUAAUUUUUACAGUUCUAUAAAAAAUUACCGAUUUGGUUAUACUAUUAGAAAUACAUAGACUGAUAAUUAUGAAAUUAUUGUGAGGUUUAAUAAGUUAACUGCUUUUAUUUGGACAACUUUUCUGCUGUACUUUAUUGGAAGGAGAAAAACAAUCAUUUCCUUAAUAACAAUUUAAACAAUUUAUUUAACUAAAACAAUAACAUUAUAGCAUAUGUAUCCAUGUUUGUUAACUGAUGUAGUUAAACAAUUUAAAAAAAAAACAACUUAGACUGAGUUUAAGCACACAUGAAAAACUUAAAACAAAUCCUUAUUUACUGAUGCAUAGCCUUUGGACUAUGUUGUUGUUUAGUCGUUUAGUCGUGUCCGACUCUUCAUGACCCCAUGGACCAGAGCACGCCAGGCACUCCUAUCUUCCACUGCCUCCCGCAGUUUGGUCAGACUCAUGUUUGUAGCUUCGAGAACGCUGUCUAACCAUCUUGUCCUCUGUCGUCCCCUUCUUCUUGUGCCCUCAAUCUUUCCCAACAUCAGGGUCUUUUCCAGGGAGUCUUCUCUUCUCAUGAGGUGGCCAAAGUAUUGGAGCCUCAGCUUCACGAUCUGUCCUUCCAGUGACCACUCAGGGCUGAUUUCCUUAAGAAUGGAUACGUUUGAUCUUCUUGCAGUCCAUGGGACUCUCAAGAGUCUCCUCCAGCACCACAGUUCAAAAGCAUCAAUUCUUCGGUGAUCAGCCUUCUUUAUGGUCCAGCUCUCACUUCCAUACAUCACUACUGGGAAAACCAUGGCUUUUACAAUACGGACCUUUGUUGGCAAGGUGAUGUCUCUGCUGUUUAAGAUGUUGUCUAGGUUUGCCAUCGCCUUUCUCCCAAGGAGCAGGCAUCUUUUAAUUUCGUGACUGCUGUCACCAUCUGCAGUGAUCAUGGAGCCCAAGAAAGUAAAAUCUCUCACUGCCUCCAUUUCUUCCCCUUCUGUUUGCCAGGAGGUGAUGGGCCCAGUGGCCACGAUCUUCGUUUUUUGAUGUUGCGCUUCAGACCAUAUUUUGCGCUCUCCUCUUUCACCCUCAUUAAAAGGUUCUUUAAUUCCUCCUCACUUUCUGCCAUCAAGGUUGUGUCAUCUGCAUAUCUGAGGUUGUUGAUAUUUCUUCCGGCAAUCUUAAUUCCGGCUUGGGAUUCAUCCAGCCCGGCCUUUCGCAUGAUGAAUUCUGCAUACAAGUUAAAUAAGCAGGGAGACAAUAUACAGCCUUGCCGUACUCCUUUCCCAAUUUUGAACCAAUCAGUUGUUCCAUAUCCAGUUCUAACUGUAGCUUCUUGUCCCACAUAGAGAUUUCUCAGGAGACAGAUGAGGUGAUCAGGCAUUCCCAUUUCUUUAAGAACUUGCCAUAGUUUGCUGUGGUCGACACAGUUAAAGGCUUUUGCAUAGUCAAUGAAGCAGAAGUAGAUGUCUUUCUGGAACUCUCUAGCUUUCUCCAUAAUCCAGCGCAUGUUUGCAAUUUGGUCUCUGGUUCCUCUGCCCCUUCAAAAUCCAGCUUGCACUUCUGGGAGUUCUCGGUCCACAUACUGCUUAAGCCUGCCUUGUAGAAUUUUAAGCAUAACCUUGCUAGCGUGUGAAAUGAGUACAAUUGUGCGGUAGUUGGAGCAUUCUUUGACACUGCCCUUCUUGGGGAUUGGGAUGUAGACUGAUCUUCUCCAAUCCUCUGGCCACUGCUGAGUUUUCCAAAUUUGCUGGCAUAUUGAGUGUAGCACUUUAACAGCAUCAUCUUUAAAAAAUUUAAAUAGUUCAGCUGGAAUACCAUCACUUCCACUGGCCUUGUUAUUAGCAGUGCUUUCUAAGGCCCAUUUGACUUCACUCUCCAGGAUGUCUGGCUCAAGGUCAGCAACCACACUACCUGGGGUAUACGAGACAUCCAUUUCUUUCUGGUAUAGUUCCUCUGUGUAUUCUUGCCACCUAUUCUUGAUGUCUUCUGCUUCUGUUAGGUCCUUUCCACUUUUGUCUUUUAUUAUGGAAAUCUUUGUACGAAAUGUUCCUUUCAUAUCUCCAAUUUUCUUGAACAUCUCUGGUUUUUCCCAUUCUAUUGUUUUCCUCCAUUUCUUUGCAUUGCUCGUUUAAGAAGGCCUUCUUGUCUCUCCUUGCUAUUUUUUGGAAAUCUGCAUUCAAUUUCCUGUAUCUUUCACUAUCUCCCUCGCAUUUUGCUUGCCUUCUCUCUCCCGCUAUUUGUAAGGCCUCGUUGGACAGCCUUUGGACUAUAAUGUAACUUAAAUAGAAAAUUAUCUUUAGAAAGAUUUUUCCCCAAAAAGCAUUUUAUUUUAAAAAUCCGAUUUAAAUCAAAUCCUUUCCCCCCCCCUCUUUGAUAUAUAUAUUUUUUAAUCAUUGAUUUUUAUCCACCCUGGCUGCAUUGGUCUUUUCAAAAUUUUAGAAAUACUAAGAAUGAACUUUACUGAAAGCUGUUAUGGAAACCUACCUACACAUAUGCAUGAGAUACUUUUGGACAUAGUUAAAAAUAUGUCAGAAACACCCAUCCUGACAGAAAAGGUCAAGAAGUUAGCUAUUUGAAAGACGCUUACUUUCCUCCCACCCCUGAGCAGUAGUCAGGAUGCAAACCCAAGAUUUGAAUUAAAAGAAAAAUGUUUUCUACAGUAUCUUCUGAUAAUGAAGAAAGUAUCAUCUGAAAGAAGGGCUGCAACAGACUCUCAGCCCAAGGCAUUUUUGCUUUGUUUUUAUUGCUAUCAUGCCUUUUGCAUAAACUCCCCAGCACCAUCUCACUAUUCCUGCCAACACUUUUCUUAUGAGUCAGCUGAAAACCAAAAGUCUGUUGUUUUUUAAAAAAUGGAAACACAUUUCUAGGCCACCUUUAUUGUACAAAUGCAGGUGAUAGAUGUGAAAGCCUAUUUUCCAGGCUCAGCUCUUGUCUAACCAAGACCUACUGUAUAUUCUGGGGUGGUCACGACUGCAUUUGUCUGGCCAUUGGAGGUGGUAGGGAUAGUCCCUCCUAAACGGAAACAAUGACUAACAGCUGCACUAGUGGGUCAGAUCCCAAAGGCACUCCAAUCAUAACCAGAAGACUACUGGUGCAUAACUUCCAGGUGUCUAAUCAAAACUGUAGAAGCUACAAGAAUAUGACUACUAUAGUCCUCCGCUUUAGUAGCAACAAAUGAUUUGGCCCAAGUCAGCAGAUGAUUUGGCCCCAUUACAGAUGAUUUGGCUUAACAUCAGAAUCAUCUGAAUAAUGAUGAAAGUUGCGGUAGCUGCAAAGGAAAGAAUUAGGAAUAGUGAGGGUGGGAACUUGAGUGCUAGUUGCCUUAGAAGAAGCAACUGAUGAAACUGCUUGAAACAGUAUUUCGACUGAACACAGUGGGAGAAGCCACAUAGUGCUGCUUGGAUUCAGGUCUCAGUAAACAGCUAGCUUCUCAUCUAGCCCCAGACUUCAGAGCCAUUAUACUAUUGAAGUUCAGGCAGGGCUAUGUCGCAGGGAGGUACUCAUCUAAUGCCAGUGCUCAGCUUUCUGAUAGCAUUGUGCUAAGAGAUGGAUUUCCCAGUUGUUUUUCCCUUCCUGCAAUUCUUAACAGGCCCCAUCUUGUUCCUUCUAAUACUGAACUUGGUAGUCCCAUCAUUGCUACCACCGGGGAAGUGAAAUGUGGCCAACCACAGACAAGUUAAGCACUUGAAUAGGUGGGAGCAAUGAGGACUAUUCUUCCCCUUUAUUCAGACAAAUCAUCCUCUCUCAGCUAUAGAAGCAAAAAAGGGCUAGGUUUGUGCUAGGAGCCAGCUCUAAGCCUGAACCUUUUUGCACCAUAUAACACACAUCCAAGCUCCACACCAUGGCAUGUCCUUGGGGUGAAACUUGAAAUUUUGCAAAUUUCUUCAGUAAAGCAUCUUAAAAGUAUGUUUCUGGGUGUGAGGAAUUCAAAUCUGCUAUAUUUCUUUGUUAUUGAACAACAUUUAGCUUGGUAAGUCUUUUUUGAUGAAGAAGCACCACGGCUUUUGGAUAACCAAAGAAUUUUAAUUUUACCUUCUGAAAAUGUCAGGUAAUGCUAAAUGCUACUACCACUAAAUAAUUAUAUUCAUAUAUAAUAUAACUGCAAGUACUUGGCAAUCGUUUUUAAUGAUUUCUGUGCAGUUUUACACACAUUUUAUUUACCAGCAGAACUAAAUUAUUAAUUUAAGCAAAAUAUCUUUUGAAUUCCCAAGUCAUGUUACAGCUUUUCAGCACCCUUCAUCUUUGGAAUUUGAAAGUUGAAAAAUUCAACACACCCUAUUGCUACAAGGUUCCUGUUGCAGACUGAUUGGAGGUAAAGUGAAGGGGAACACUCAUGUUAGGGGCUGGGAAUGCACCAGAAGAUUCUGAGUGCCCAGCUGUUCAUUGUUGUUUAGUCGUUUAGUUGUGUCCAACUCUUCAUGACCCCAUGGGCCAGAGCACGCCAGGCACUUCUGUCUUCCACUGCCUCCCGCAGUUUGGUCAAACUCAUGCUGGUAGCUUCAAGAACACUGUCCAACCAUCUUGUCCUCUGUCAUCCCCUUUGCCUUGUGCCCUCCAUCUUUCCCAACAUCAGGGUCUUUUCCAGGAAGUCUUCUCUUCUCAUGAGGUGGCCAAAGUAUUGGAGCCUCAGCUUCAGGAUCUGUCCUUCCAGUGAGCACUCAGGGCUGAUUUCCUUCAGAAUGGAUAGGUUUGAUCUUCUUGCAGUCCAUGGAACUCUCAAGAGUCUCCUCCAUCACCAUACUUUUAACAUACUUUUGAGAUGCUUCACUGAAGAAAUUUGCAAAAUUUAAGCUGUUCAUAGUAUUACUCAACUACACUGGAAAGACAGAUCCUGAAACUGAGGCUCCAAUACUUUGCAGGGUAUGCCAAGGUCCUGUACAUACAAAGAUCAUCAACAUCCAACACUGUUGCUUUUCCUAUACAGUAUUUACCGUAGGGCAGUGUUUGGUUUGUUCUGUGGUUUACCAAGCUUGUGUGAGGCAAUGGCAAAGUCUAAUGGGACUGGCUGGCACAAAGUGAUAAUGUGACGUAGAGCAUGCCCCAGCAUUCUCUGCAACUCACAAGUCUUCCUCAGCAGGCAAAUUGAAGAAGAAUUAAUUGAGGGCACAAAGCUUGAAAGCCAGUGCUAUAAAGCAAACAAAAUAAAUGACAUCCACCAUGUUAGUCAAACAGACCAGCACAUUCUGUAUGAGACUUUUCUUCAGUAUAUAAUAUAUCAGGACAUGACACUUUAGUCAGUUGACAACUGUACUACGUUCUGUAUUCAUUUGGUGUCUAUAAGGGCCUCUGUUCACCAACACAGAGGGUGGUCAGUAUUCCUUUAGGUGAAGAUCAACUAGUUCCUCUGUUCUAAACAGUUAAGAAUAGAGUUGCUUAUAAAAUGUAGGAAAUGCUUUCUGGAAUUUAGCCAAUAAAAGUUUUUGAUCUUAGCUUGAUCUUUAUUUUCACUAAUCCUUUUCUUUUUGUGUUCUUUCCUUUUGUUGAUCUGCCAAGAUUCUGUCACUCUUGUUCUUCCUUCUCUCUCUGUCUUGGUCUUGCUCUAAAAAUAUCUUUGCUAAGUUUAAUUAAACAUUUUACCAUAUUUGCCAAGAGCAAGUUCCCAUAGUGACAUAGAAUUUCUCAUCGAAGUGCCCUGGAAAUUAAUAAGGGUUUAUUGUAACCUUUAGAUUUUAUUUUACAAGAUUUUCAUAUUUUUCAGGGGUAGGGUGGGGUGGGGAAUAGGCUCCUUACAUCACUCCAGGCAGUUUCUGUUAUGAUCCCCAUGUCAGUCUCCAGGCUAUUAUUGUUAUUCAUUUAUUUAUUGCCUGACCUCUGCCCUAAGGUCCCAGAGUGAGUCACAACAUCAAAAUACAACGUUAAAAAACAGUUUAUAACUUACAAGCAUAAAAAAUACAAUCCUAAAAACAGGCACCCCAAGUGUCAUGUUACAAUCCUAAAACACAUACCACAAGUGUCAAAAGCCGAGAUAAAGCAUUGCGUCUUCAGCAUUUUUUGCAUCAGCAUCCCUCUCUCCCCCCCCAAAAAAGAUUCCCCCCUCCUGUCUUUUUGUGGCAUUUUAGUUGGUCCUAAUAAAUGUAUUAUCGUACUGUGGUUUGGCCAUUACGAGAUCAGCAUGCUGGACUAUAUGGGCCAUUGGCCUGAUCCAGCAGGCUCUUCUAGAAUUAUUAAACAAAAAAUAGCAAAAGGAUGGCUUGAGAUAUAGUAGAAAGGCCCCAGUAUGGGCCAUGGAGUAACAUCAGAAAUGUAGAAAUUAUAAUUUCAGAAUUAUAAUAGGAACUUUGAUUUCAUGACUCAAAUAUCAUGCUACAUCUUUGUACUAUGGCCCCCCCAAAAUUACGUUUGACUCCUUCCGGAACCUGCUGAGCUCUGACUCUGUCCAGUUACUAGCAUUUUUAAUUCAAAAGUUGGCAAUUCUAGAGGCUGGUUAAGCCUGUGGGCUUGGCAGGCCCCCUUUAUAAACAAGAACUGCUAUAGCACAUUGAGUUUCCAGAAGACCAUAUGUGGUAUGAACAUAAGUGAUCAAUAUCAUGGGAGGAGUGUUUCUAAGACUAAGGUGAAACUGAGUCUCCUUUGUUAUUUUUGUUAUUGGAUCCCACAUGUUGUUUAAGUAGUCUUGCUAUAUUUAUAGUAUUUGAAUUGUUAGUUUGGUAUGUUGUUAUAUUUUUGUUUUGCUAUGCUGUUAUGAAAUUUUUGCGAUGUUAUUAUUAGAUUGUAUUUGCAGUGUUUGUUUGAAAUACGUACCUGUUUCUUUGCAGUGAGCUCCUUAGAGCAUGAUUUUUUUUUGUGGAAAAGCGGCAUAUAAAUCAUGAAUGAACAUUCAUUACCUCCUAGUUUCCGCCCUUUAUGACACAGUUUAAAUAUGCCAACGUUAGCAUUUUUGAAAUCCUGGUAUGAAGAGUGUAUUCAUUCCGCUUCCUGAACUGGACUUCCGUAUGUCACCAAAUGUUUUGAAAACGGUUUUUUAAGUCAACAUGUUCCGAGAUUGUAGUGGGUAUGCUUCCUGAUACUGAAAAACUUGAGAAAUUGCUGACUAGCCAGCAGGAGGAACAGACUCGUGGGAUUAUGUUUGCGCGGCUGCAACUGCUUGUGAAUGCUAGCAAAGAGAAGGAUGUGGCUUCUUCUCAUGUACUGGGAGAGCAGAGGAUGAUUCAGAUCGGGGUUCUGCAUAAGGCUCCCAUACCUAAUAAUCUGGCCCUGAAGGGUCAGGCAUAUAAAACUGAUGCUAGGAAGGAAAGUUGUGUUUCCUACAAUUAAAAAGUCAUUCUUUAUGGGGGGAUAAAAGAAAUCCUGGAUGGUCUCCAAAUGUCAACAAGAUUAUAAUCAGCUAAUUUGUUUCGGGAGGAAUUUGACAGUUUGAACAUUUUACCGUAAGCCACCAUCCCUCUCCUUCCUUCAGCCAUGUUCCCUUCCUCCUCCAUUAAUUUUGGCAAAGUUAAUGGCACUAUCUCCAUUGUCCUAAUACUCCUAUGCACACAACACCUUUGGGCAGAGAGGCAUGUAUUUUCCUCUGUCAGGCAGCAUCACAAAAGAUAUUAUUGACCAAAGAGGAAGAUUUCCUAAUGAAGCUAUAAUUCAUUGAAACAUAUGAUACCUGCAAUUACAUAAAACAUCCUUUUGUUUUGUUUCUGUUUUUUUAAAAAAACCUCCAGGCCUUUGGUUUGUUUUUUUCAUUCAGACACAAGCCCUUCUGCUCCUUAUUACCCCCAAGCUAUGAAUGAGUUUGGGCGUUCAUCAAAUCCCCUACCUCCUGGUUUCACCCACUGUCAUCCCACACCUGCAAACCUGAAAAGCCAACUCUUCUGGCUGACCUCUUCUUCCCCAUCCCAUCUUCGCUGUCAGCAUUACUGUAUAAAACUAACUCAGUGAAACACUUUUUGAACAAGGGAAUAAAAGAAGGCACUUUUCUGGUAGAUAGUUUCAGAAAGCGUUUGGGCCACAGCAAAAGAAUAUCCACUGUUGGUUGCGGUAAUGUUUCGGAAUACCAGUUGCUGGAAACUGCAGGAGGGCAGAACAGUCAAUCUCUCUCCACAAGAACCUUUGGUUGGGAAGCCAUGAAUGUUUGAAGUGGUAUCAUAGCACUUUAUGGUGUGAAUGCGGCCUGGAUCUUGUCCAAACUUUAUGGUUCUAAUACUCUUCUUCCGAACAGUUGGAAAAAGUGAAUUUCACACACUGGUGAGGCAGACACGCUCACAUGCUCAUAAGCCACAUUUCACCCCCACAAAUGUGGAGAGAGGGCAGGACAGAACUCCCUAUGCAGGUAAGUCAAUGAGGGCACAAGGAAGGCAUAUUGCAAGGUGUGACUGACUUGUGACUGUUUCCCAUGUCUCCCCAACUCCCACCCCUUGUCAUGCCUCGGCUGUCUUGCCCUAAAACUCUUCUCCUCCAGUAGUGGGAAGCAGUGCUUACCUCUCACACAGGGACUCCGUGGCAGCAUUGCUGUUGUUUCCAUCUCUAUGGGCAGGUAGCGGGAACAGUAUAAGUGAAUGCUGAACAUCAGGGAAUGCAUGUGAUAUUUAGGAAAGCCAAUCAGCCUGCCCACCGUGGAGAGGGUCCAGUGCAGGCCUCCCCACACAGGAAUGGAAAGAUGCUGGUGACUAUCCUCUAACUUUCAGAUGGUUGAUCCGUGCUUUGCUUUUGAUACAGUCACUGAUAACACAAUUCACAAAAGAAAAAGAAAAGAAAGAAAUCACACAAAUCAGGUUUGUAGAGAUGACAGUUUAGGCCAUGAUGGAAAGAACAUAAAUCAAUGAGCACAUCUUUCUUUCCAUGGGCGUUUGAUAACAUCCUCUGACUGUAGGCCAAAUAUAUGUCAGUACAAUUUACUGUGGAAUAUAAUGUCAAUAACAUAUAAAGUGCUGUCUAAUUAGUAGGAGUGGGGUUUUUCAGAAAACAAAAAAGAUCCUAUUAUGUAAACCAGAAGAGCAAUGCUUCUUUCCUUUUACAACUUGCUAAAAGAAACGACAAAAAUGCCACAUAUAUAUUUCCAGACAGGAAUAAAGGAAGAACUGCUUAAGUCAAGAAUGGGGAUCCUCCAGAUGUUGUUGGACUCCAGUUCCUAUCAGCCUCAGCAUGGCCAAUGGUCAGGUAUUAUGCAAGCUGUAGUCCAGCAACAUCGGAAAGGCAUUGAUUCCUCACCCCUGGUUUAAGUUUUACAUAUGAACCUGCCUUGUACUGAGUCACCUUAUUGGUCCAGCAGCCCUGGGACCAGGGUCACCGCCUUGAAGAAAAUCGGGGGGGGGGGGCAGACAAAGAUGGUUAUAUGGGUGGGAGGCAGGGAGGAAGAAGGGACAGCAGAAAAUAAACUUGAAACUAAAUAGUGAAGCUCUGAACAAUGUCUCUUGCUGUUGGAAGUACAUGUAUCAAGACAGACUGUGCACCCCCCCACACACACACAUACACAUACAAACUUUGCAGAAGUAGCCAGAGAACACAAAUCUCCGUUUCCUCCUCUUGUUUGGAAUGCUGAGGUGCCUGGAUUUCCUCCGGUCAUUCCCCAGCCCCCCUGUGCAGAUACCCCUUCUAGCUUCAAUCGCAAGCCCCAUAAGGAACAUUUUUGGAGGUUUUUGCCCAAUCCCAGCUCUCUUUUCAUCCAACAACCCUUUUACAAGUUCGUUACAUGGCUUGCCGGAAAACGAAGUCCAAACAUGGCAAAGAAAGAAGGCAGCAGUGCUCAUCAAUUUGGGGGGAGGGGUUGGCUCUCUCAAAUAUUUUAUGGGGGGGAGGAGUGAAGGGACCUGGCCCCUAGGAUUUGGUGCCUAAGCCAGGGACCUUCUGCAUGCAGAGCAAAUCAUCUACCCCCAAGCUAUGAAAAUAGCAUUCAGAUAAUAGUGUGGUAAUCAAGAAUGUUGGUUCAGAUAACUAAGGCCUAAACUAGAGGACAGGAAGCAUGAAAGUUUAAAUGCAGUUAAUUUAUUGUAAAAGAAACUUCCAGAAAUACAGUUUCAAAAGAUGUGGGAGUUGAAGUGAAUGGUGAUGAGAUUAAGAUCAUUGUUCCAUCCGAAGCAAGUGCAUUUUUCAUCAGAUAAAAGGGAAAAAGGAAAGUAAAUUUUUCUGAAGAUAUGUCUAAUGUGCUAUCUAUAAACACAAAGGGCACAAUCCAGUCAAAGUGCUUCAGAGCAGAAUCUUAGAUGUGUUUAAAGUAAGCUCCACUGAAAGCAAUGUGCCUUACUCCCUGUAAGAGUGUAUACAGAAUUGUAGCCUCAAAGUCCUACUGCUUUUCACAGAAGUGAAGCAAAUUUAUUUCCAAUAGGACAUAAAAGUGCUGAGCUUUGGCUAGAUUGUGACCUAGAUCAACUUUGACUGACCUUUCAACUUGCCAUUGAGAAAUAAAUUAUAAACUAAGAUUGUACAUUACCAAGUAAUUCGGAGUGUGGUUUCAGUAAGAAGCAGGUGUAUGUGUCUAUUAAAUGGUUUUUAUUUAAUAGAUUCAAUUUGCAAUAAAAGAGAUUCCAAGCAUUGGGAAGAGAUUUCUGCCUCAGAAGGUGGUAGAGUCUCCUUCAUUGGAGGUUUCUAAGCAGUGGUUGGAUAGCCAUCUGUCAGGGAUUCCUGCAUUGCAGGGGGUUGGACUAGAUGACCCUUGGGGUUCCUUCCAGCUCUACGAUUCUAUGAUUUUAGUAGGCUCCUGUGAGAUGACGUGAUUAUUUUUCAUUCAGCGUUCAUUGUAUAGUCAGAUUAUGAAGAGAAUCAGGUCAUCUCUCACGCAGUCUUCAUGCUCGAUGAAGAGAGUUUGAACAACAGAAGGCCAAGAAAUUGGCCACUGAAAAAUUAUGGACGUUGACUGAUUCCUUUCUCUGCCAGCUAAGCUUCUCAAGGUGCAGUAUGGAACAUGUGAAGUAGUAAGUAGAAAAUGCCUCUGAGCAUGUGCAGAUGCUCACCGUUCUCUCAUUGGUAUGACAGUGAGCACACCUGAGAUCAGUGCUAAGGCUUUCCGGGCAUAGACAGCAUCAAGCCGUGGCAUCUGUCACUUUCUAAAUUAGGCACUGGAUUGUCACCAGGCCACUAUAUCUACAUCAGUAACAAAAUGAUCACAGAAUUCUGGCUAUGAGGAAAAGUUAAUUAAAAAUCUGGGCUCAUCUUCAAAAUUGAAACUGCUUCUCUUUCUGCCACGUCUCAUAUUUUCCUCCUCCUCUCAUAUAAGACCAGAACCUGGAUCAUCCAGUGAAGCUUAUUAGCUGGAGAGUCAGGGCAGACAAAACAUAGGACUUCUUCACAUUAAUGCACAAUUACUUUAUGAAAAUGCUGCCACAAAUGUGGUCAUGUUUGCUGGCUUAGAUGGCUUUAAAAGGGGAUUAGAAUAAUUCACAGAGCAUUAGUCCAUCAAUGAUAACUAAUCAGGAAGGCUUUGGGGAUGUCUAGAAUAAGGGGCAGUUGUUGUGGAGUAGCAGCAUGGGUGGUAAUUGACUGGCCCUGAUCUAGCAUAGCCCAUUUUGUGCUUCUAUAUGCAUGUUAUAGAAAAAAGGUGCAUACUGACCAUUCAGAAGUGUACCUGUACAUAUGGUAGCAAGUACUUCAUAGAGCAAUAUUGGUUCCAUGGGUUGAUGGACUGUAUGUAUGAAUCCACCCUUUGCAAAUCCUCACUGAAUCAAUUGGCCAUCAUUAACUAAUCACAUUACAAUAUUAAUAUGAUACUUAUACCUGUUGCUUCAUUCAUCACUGACAGUCACUGACAGAUGGAAAUUAAAAUGCAACAUGUUAAAAUUCUGUUCGUUGCCCUAGGCAUGUUCUAGUUGUUCAUUUUGCCAUUUCAUGUUUAAUCGUUUACCUGAUGGUUAUGAGUAAAAAUAAUAAUUAAACCCCAAUUUAAAGAAAUACAUUAAGUUCUUUCAUUGGGGAUGGCUUAAAAGAAGGCAUGGAAUUAUCAGAUUUAUUAAAACUUUAAAAUGUUCAGCAGAAGAUAAACAACCACCCUCUUUUCUUCCACUGUAUAAAAAGCAGGCAGAGAGAUGUUGGGAUCAUAAUUUGCAAAUACAAGUAGCAUCCUGCUUUUAAAAGAUGUUCAUAAACUGCUUUUUAAAUUUGGGAAGAUAAAGAAUAAUUUGGAGGUUCUGUAACUUCACCUUCUGUGAGCUUAAUUCCCGGGGGGGGGGGAUACACAUUCCUUCUUUGGGAGCCAGCGUGGUGUAGUGGUUAAGAGCGGUAGUCUCGUAAUCUGGGGAAUCGGGUUCGCGUCCCCGCUCCUCCACAUGCAGCUGCUGGGUGACCUUGGGCCAGUCACACUUCUCUGAAGUCUCUCGGCCUCACUCACCUCACAGAGUGUUUGUUGUGGAGGAGGAAGGGAAAGGAGAAUGUUAGUCGCUUUGAGACUCCUUCGGGUAGUGAUAAAGCGGGAUAUCAAAUCCAAACUCUUCUUCUUCUUCUUAGAGUUACCUUUGAUUUGGGGUGCCUUCAGUUUGUCAGUAUUUUGUAGAAGGGAUUCAAUAGGUUUGUGUGAUAAAAGUAGAUUAAUGUGAUCUGCCACCCUAGUGCAGCAAAUUCAUUUUCUCAUAAAGUGCAAUUUUUGUUGAUUGGGAAGUGAUGGGGAAAUGCAUAGAAAAGUGUGGGAUGAAUGAAUGAUUAACAGGAAUAUUUGUUAAUACCCUGCAAGCAAAUCAGAAACAAUGCUCGUUGUCUUAUAACAGCCCUGAAAACAAAUCAGAAUGAAUCAGGGGUGCCAACUUGAAUAAAAUAUGGGGGGGGGGCAAGUAAGCCCUGUCCUGCAUAAUCAAUCACAUGACAUGGUGCAUGGACACCAUUUGAAUGGCAAUGGGGGGCAACCCAUCAAAUAUUUUAUGGGGGGGACAAAGACCCCUUCGCCCCUAGGAGUUGGCUCCUAUGGAAUGAAUGCUCAAUAAACAAGUCAUUUGGAGGAGCCCUUGAGCAGUUGAGGGCAAAAAAAAAAAUCUGUUGUUGAAGAGCUAAGCUUAAUGAUGCAAUAGCAAGGGAAAUUAAAGUUUCUAGGGUGCGCCUAAAGUAAUUUGUAUAUUUUCCAACUAAGGAAAGUUAGUUGAAAUCAUAAGAAAGAGAUUACUUGUUAUUGGACAUUUGUUGCUGAGAACCAAGCAGUCCCCCUCACCCUGUGCCCAUGAAAUGUGGAGAAAUAUGGCACUCAAUCUAUGUUGUCCAUACCAUAGAUCUAUGGGAAGGUGGGGGGGGGGGGAAUGGACUACUUCAAAUUUCAAUCACUAGUUAAAAGGGGCAAAAAACAUUGGCAAAGCCAAUUUAGCCAACAUUUAUAAAAAGCAGAGACAUCACCUUACCGACCAAGGUCUGUAUAGUUAAAGCUAUGGUUUUCCCAGUUGUAUGGAAGUGAGAGCUGGACCAUAAAGAAGGCUGAUUGCCGAAGAAUUGAUGCUUUUGAAUUAUGGUGCUGGAGGAGACUCUUGAGAGUCCCAUGGACUGCAAGAAGAUCAAACCUCUCCAUUCUUAAGGAAAUCAGCCCUGAGUGCUCACUGGAAGGACAGAUCGUGAAGCUGAGGCUCCAAUAUUUUGGUCACCUCAUGAGAAGAGAAGACUCCCUGGAAAAGACUCUGAUGUUGGGAAAGAUUGAGGGCACAAGGAGAAGGGGAUGACAGAGGACGAGAUGGUUGGACAGUGUUCUCAAAGCUACCAGCAUGAGUUUGACCAAACUGCGGGAGGCAGUGGAAGACAGGAGUGCCUGGUGUGCUCUGGUCCAUGGGGUCACGAAGAGUCGGACACGACUAAACAACUAAACAACAAUGAAGCCCAAUAAGAAAAAGAUCCUUCAAGACAUCAAUACAUAGUUUUGCCACAGUGUUUCAUGUAGCAACUUCUGUAUCGUAGCUACUUAUCUUCAGCUUGCCUGAAAGGAAAACAACCACCAUGUGUUUCCUCAAGACAGAUGAUAUCAGCUUUGUGAUGGACAGUGAACUUCUCUAUCUGUAGACAGAUGUCAAAGGAUGAAGGGUUGAUAGAGGGGCAGCAUUGCUGACUUGUCCUUAGAUGGUCAUGGCUCUUACUGUAGGUUAUGGAGGCAUGGACUUUAUAGUCAUGUACGAGUACUCCUGGGUAUAGCCACAAGCAUACGUUUAGAGGAUUUCAGAGUUUGAGCUGCACCAUUUGGAUUUGUGCAAUGUUUCUAACUGAGGGAGAGAGAAUGCCUUCAAAUGUCAGAAUCAGGAAUUUAAAGUUCAUGUGAAAUGAACAGUCAAGGUCACAAAAGAAAUGACUGUUAAAGAACUGCAGGUGUGGAAGCAAAAUAUCUGUGCGUGAAUAGCUCAGUUGGUUAGAGUGUAGUGCUGAUAACACUAAGGUUGCAGGUUCGAUCCCCAUAUGGGACAGCUGCAUUGCAGGGGAUUGGACUAGAUGAUCCUUGGGGUCCCUUCCAAUUCUACAAUUCCAUGAUUCCAUGAUCAUAGAGGAAAUUAAUGAACAUCAAUAUACAAAGCAUGUAUGUCAUUGGCACUUUGAACGGGGGGGCAGGGCAAUGAUUGUGAAAAGGAUGCCCAUUGCAACUUGGUUCAAGCUGGCCAGGGCUGUGGCUACUUGUGGAUAGCUCUGAAUGUUUGGACAUGGUUUCUCUACUAGUAGCAUGCUAGACUGCAAAACCCAAAUUAGUUCGACCCAGUUAACACUGUCUAAAUUCUGUGGAGACUCAUCUUCACUUCUGGGGCAAUAAGCAAGGGAAAAGACAAUACUAUAUUUUACUUUAUUUUUUAUAAAAACAAUAUAAAGGGGAUUUCCCAGCUCAAGAGGCAGGGAAAGGGAGAAAGCACACCUGUAAAAUCUAGAUAUUAGUGCUAAUUUGGCAUAGAAUUUGCUUCCUGUACCAAAACUUGCUGGAACACUUUGGAACACUUUCCUUUUUAAAAACAAAAUACAAAAAAAGCCCCAAAACCGCAAAAGCCCUCCUUUUUGUUACUGUGUAACAAUUAAAAAAAAAUCCUAACACCACAAAACUGUAGUUUCCCACUAGUUCAGGUCUUAACAUGAUUAGACUGUUUUGCGUUUAGACAAACAUUGAAAAUUGCUUCCACCUCUUUCCGAUUCUUUUCUGCUGGCCUCAGUCUGUGAUUUAUUGUCUGCCUCUCAAAUGUGACAUUUUUGUUGAUAUUCUUAACAAUUACCACACCCACCAAACUAUACUCUCGACACAGGCUUUCUCUCCACUUUUGUUCAGCUUGCUUGUUGGUGUGCCACGAUUCAGAUAGUAAGCUAGAAUGCACAAAGCUGAUAAACUCAUUCUUUUUCGUUUAUGAAGUAAUGGUUGGGUCAAGGUUGCUCAAAGUAGAUUCAGAAAGGACCUGAGCUACUAAAAUAUUACAGAGGUUAGAGUCUCUUUUGUACAGCAAAAGGCUAAAGCGCUUGGGGCUUCUUGUUCAGAAAAGAAAGACUUCAGGCCUUUAGUGAUUCUGGGCAGUUUGGGCAUCCAGUAGGAUGGAGAACAAAAGGCAGUAAUCUAAGACCUGAGAAAUAAGAGCAAUAGUCUGGAAGUGCCAUAAGAUCAGAGUACAAAAACAGGAAUAUAAAACCAAUCACACAUGGAAGCAGAACAAAGACCCAGCUUAGUAUUUUGACUGUCGAAACAAAAAAAUCUUGGAGCAUUUUAUUCCAAAUCCCAGUGCAGAGACACCACCAUCUUUAUACCUUAAACAGAUAUCUUUCUUGUACCACGCAAAGAUAAAAGAUGUGAUCUGUCUGGGGCAUCUAUUGCAGAAGCGAUAAGUUUAUUAAAAUAAAUUCCAAAUAGAACAAAGCAUUUUUUAUUAAUUUUUAGAAUGUACACAAAAUAGUGGUGAUUAUAGAACAAUGUAUAUCCUUAUCAUUGUCUCUUGCCUUCUUCUAUCAGACGUUUAGUAAACCUUUAAUCCGUAGGCAGCUGUAACUUCUUUUUUAAUGCUUUUAUUAUAUAUUAUUCAACUAGAAGGGGAAAGUGUGACUUCCUAAGCACUGAUAUCGUCCGCAAUUGUAAUCCCUCCCACUGAUUGCCUGGAUUCAAGUCUGUCUUACAGGUUUCACUUUUUCAGUAUGAGGAGAACGAGGUAUCACUUCCCCCUGUUGAUGUUCCUUGACAUAAAUCAGUGUGUUGACUGUGUGAUAUUUAACAAAAAGAACCUCUAACAUUAUGCAGCCACAUACCAGCAUGACAUCUGUUGUAGGGAAAAGGUGUUGAGCAAUGUUCAUACAGAUUGAAAAGUUCUUUAGUACUUUACAUGAACUUUAUGGUAGAGACAAAGGUGGGGGGAAUCUCGGCAUGGUCCAAAUUCUGCUACCUUUAUCAUCCUAACACAUGCUCUUGGUUGGAAAAAUGGGGAAUGAUUUCUAGGGCAUAAAGCACAGGUGAUGGACUUGUGGCCCUCCAGAUAUUGUUGCGCCUCAUCUCCCAUCAGCCCCAGCUAACAUGGCCAUUGACCCGGGAUGAUGGGAAUUUUAAUCCAACAACAUCUGGAGGGCCACAGGUUCCCCACCUCUAAUGUAAAGUUUCAAAGUAAGUCUUCUCUAUUAAGAAGAAGCAUACAAAAUGAACGUCUGAGCUUACCUAUUUCUUUCAGUGUGUAGCUCUUGUGUAUGGUACUGGGGUGGGGGUGUUCACAGCAGUAAGACACUGGUGCUCUACCAUCUAUGCCACCUGCAUUGUUUCUAUGACAAACCUGGUAGACUGAGCUUGAAUGAUACCAUCUAGGAUGCGGGACCAGCCUGUCUGAGCCUCCAGUUGGCUGGUUCAAGGGGCAACAGGUCCUAGAAGAGUCUGGUCUUGUUCCUCAGCCUUAGCAACUCAAUGUGGGGACUCUGCCUAGUUCCUGCUGUGUUCUCCUUUUGAUCAUGGUGACCACUACCUGUCUUUGAACCUGCUUCUGGCCUGAGUGACUCUCUGUUGCUGCCUUGGAGCUUGACCUUUUUCCUGACCUUGAACACACACCUGCCUUGGGCUGCUUUGAGAACCUCAUUUGCUGCCCUGGAACUUGACCUCCUGCCUGAUUUGGAUCGUGCACCUGUUUUUGUGGACAGCCAGUUCCUCAGGCCUCAGAACUUGAUCUGAGAGAAGUCAACAAAUGGAACAUAGGCUCUUUUAACUAAACGUGUUAUGAGAAUCGAUUCCUUGAAACAGAUCAUGUGGCACAUUUCCCCCCCCGGCCGCUGCCCUGGAGUUUUUCUUCCCCUCUUCAGGAGUUUCUGCUGGUGUUCAUUGUCAUAGGAUCCUGGCAGUGAAUCUUUUUCAGUCUCGUCAGCUAUUUCUGCCCUCUCUGUUUGCCUUCCUGCAGCAGCUAUAACAGUUGAGGGCAUCAGGAAAAGGGAAGGCUACAGCAAGCCAGUCCUCAAUGUUGGGACUCGGCUCCAGCUGAAAACCCCUUUCUUCUAGCAAGAGGUGCCAACUUGAAUAAAAUAUUGGGGACCCAGGUAAGCCCUGCCCCACAUAAUCACCUGACAUAGCAUGCACAAACACACACCAUUUGAAUGGCAAUCAAUGUCCACCAACUUUAGGGGUGCUGGUCCUUUCAUUGGAAACUUUGGGGAGCCCUGGCCCCCCAGCUCCUUCCUUGAUUCUCCUGCUUCCAGCAGCAUUUUAAUUGCUGUGAGCUGCUUUCUGAGAUAAUGUUCAACUGAGAAUUAGUAGUAAUAUAAUACAGCCUAUUUCAUAAAAGGUAAAGGUACCCCUGCCCGUACGGGCCAGUCUUGACAGACUCUAGGGUUGUGCGCCCAUCUCACUCAAGAGGCCGGGGGCCAGCGCUGUCCAGAGACACUUCCGGGUCACGUGGCCAGCGCGACAAAGCUGCAUCUGGCGAGCCAGCACAGCACACAGCUGUUUACCUUCCCGCCAGUAAGCGGUCCCUAUUUAUCUACUUGCACCUGGGGUGAUUUCGAACUGCUAGGUUGGCAGGCGCUGGGACCGAGCAACGGGAGCGCACCCCGCCGCGGGGAUUCGAACCACCGACCUUUCGAUCGGCAAGCCCUAGGCGCUGAGGCUUUUACCCACAGCGCCACCCGCGUCCCUAGCCUAUUUCAUACUGGCCAAUAUAUUACAUGUCCCAAUACGAAGUUCCUCCCAAGAAAAUGAAACCAUUUACUGCUUCUCAACAGCCUGCUGCUGUCUCAGACUAGCAAAAGAUCAUAUAAUCCUUUAAACACUGAAAGGAAAUUGUAAAUAAAACACAGGAUGGCCCCCAGGGUAUUAGAAAGUGCAGCGAAGACAGAAAAUCUGAUGGUAUAGAAUAAAGGCUCCUGGGAAUUUAAGAGCUCUGCCAGCUUAAUAUGCCAAAAAGUGAGGGGUGGGGUGGGGCAAGACCAUUUCUGUUCUUUUCUUCAAUAGGGUGUUAUUCUGUGAGCAAGAUGGAGAACAGCCAUGUUCGGAAUGAAAUAGCCUGCUUUUCUAGGUUGCACUUGCCAGAUGUGUGUGUCAGGGAGAAAGUUAAGCACAUGUGUUUGAUAGGGGAAUUCCAGGCCAAUGUCAGCACAAAAUGGACAGUUCUUUGUAGACUGGGAUAUCAAAGACUGUAUGGCAAGAUAUGAUUUCUUCUUAACAUAUGAAAAGCAGCCUUCAGUUUCCUCAAGCGACUGCAGAGGCUUAAAGAGAUGAGCAGACAGCUAUUGAAAGCAAGAUUGUGCCUGCUUGGUGGUUCUAUCUGACUUCCAGAUCAGCUCCCAAAAUAGGAGAGGCCUGGUAGACAAGUGAAAGCUAUUAUGCUUUUGAUGUAAGGACCAACAUUUAAGCAGAUGGAGGAGAGUGAAAGGGGGAGAUGAGGCAUUUGCAAACAUCAUGAUAAAAGGGAGACUAUUUGAGAAGUCACUUAACUCUGUGGGGAGGAGGAAAGCAAAGAAUUAUCAGGAGGGGUCAAGGAGACUACCAACUCAUCCCAAAUCAACAACGAAGCAGUGUAGGAGAAUUUAAGAAGAAAGCGGUAACUGAAGGAAGGCGUCGCAUUACGCUCCUCCAACCUUCCUUUCAGAGCUUGUGGGUGCAUGUUUUCUUGACAUUUACAGAGUCCAAAUUAUUCACCAUCCAUCUCAGUGAUUUAACACCAGAGGCAGGUGGUAGUUACUAUCGAGCAGAUAAUUUCUUAGCUUUGUGCCAGGGCACACAAAUGUGCCACAAGUGGGGCUGAAGUGUACCUUGGAAAAUUAAAUUUGCAUCCACCACUAUAUACCUCAGGUCCCAAUAUAGUCUUCCAUUCACAAAGAGGGUGGCAAUUUUUUCCACCACCUUCCAACUUUAUACCUGACCCCCACUAUUCUCAAGGGUGAAAACAAUUGCUGGGAACACAGGAAGUGUAGAGUAACAAUUGCCUCCAACUUUAACCCAGCCUUGGGUGAUCAGAAGUUUGUGAAGCUCUCUGUUAACACUGGAGCUCAUCCACAUAUGAAAUGCUCUAAAGGGCAACAUCCACUGAGGAUGCCAUGUGAAUUAUGAAACCCAGAGAAGAGUAGGUGUGCUUAGGAUGGGUUCUAUUGAAAAUCAGUACACAUAGUUAAAUGCUAAUGCUCCACUGUUUCAAAUGAGACCUACCUUUGUGUCAGGCUGCAGCUGGGGGUCUGAUUUUGGCAAGACAGGGAUGAAUCAAAUAGGACAGAGGUGUGGUCAUAGACAGGCUGGAGAUCAGCCACUGAAUCAGGCAGACAAAGGCCAGGGCAGAGACAUACUCUGAAGAUGUGCUAGUGGUUGGGUUCUAGGUUGAACAGACGAAAACCAAAUGACCAGCAACAGGAAUGAAGCCUCAGAGGUUUGACAGUUGCUCAAACUGAGCAAGGAGUAAUAUAUAAGCAGCCAGCCCCUGUUAGUCCCUCAGAGCACAUGGUCAUGGCUAGACUGAAGAGAUGCAGUUCUGGUUCUGCCCACCAUAUGAGUAGCACUGCCACUAAGGCUUCAGCCUAAAAGUUGUCCCUGGGGCACAGGGAGUGAAGAGCUCAGGCUCCAUUGCCUUGGUGGCCAGUUUGAAUAUCCUAGUGCCUUAUACUUCCUGGGGUACGGAUCCAGGGGCAGAAUUUGCUACCUCCCUGUCCCGUCCCGUCCCCCAUUGCAGCGCCACCAUCACACCUCUCUUACCUGUGUUGUUGAUGGUGCCUGUGUAGUGCUGGAAGCAGCAUUGGCUUCCAGCAAGACCUCGCAAGAUCUUGCUGGAAACCGUUGCCGCUGCCAGCAGAGGUGAUGGGGCAGGGAGCGAAGGCAAGGCAGGAGCCUCUCUUGGGCUUCCACUGCUCAAGGCGGGCACCUCACCUUGCCUCAUCUGUGGGCCAGGUCUGCUUGGAUCAAAUGGUCCUCUAGCAGUACAAGUGAAAGUACUUCUGCUUGUGCAUGGAGGAGUGACUUUCAUUUCAGCUCAUUUUCCUCCACAGCUGCACCUGGACCUCUGCAUAGCAUUGAAUGCUUUCCUGAAGUGUCUCCCAACUCUGAGAUGCAAGUGGCUGUACCAAAACGGGAAAGUGAGAAAAGAUCUGUGGUUUUCCAAGUAAUUUCCAAAUUUCCAUAUUAUUUAUUCUGGUGUAAGCUGACUACAAUAAUUUCUAUGUUACUUGUCACUAUAAAAUCGGUUGCAGUGACUGCCUCCCAAUAGCCAAAAUUUAGUAUAUCUUCAGCUAUAUUGAUAUAAAUAGGGCAAUUCUUAUCAGAGGAUGUCAACCAAUGUGUAACAAUUAAAGUAUGCACCAUGUCCUCUGCAUUUGAGUAGCCACACAAAAUGCCCACAAAUACACCCUGUCAUCCAAAACAAUUGUCCGAAUCACCAUUUUCUUGCUCUCUAGAUUUGUGUGUGUCUCUUUACACAUGCACUGCAUAAUCAUUAUGGCCCUACUUACAUGAGACGGCAGGCACCCUACAACUCAGUAUUAUAAAACCAUAGAACAGGGUCAGCCCACCCAAGCUAGUGGUGUCCAAUGCUUGGCAAGUAGGCCAAAGCUUGUUGGGUCUACUUCCCCUUACUAUGCAAAACAAAAUAAACAUCCAGGUAUGGAAGUGCCUUAACAAAACUAUUUCUGAGUGUGAAACAUACCAAGGGCCCUAUCGCUUAGUGAUAGAGCAUGUGUUUUGCAUGCAAAAGCCCCAGAUUCAAUCCCUGAUAGGUGGCAGGACACUGUUUAAAAAUAUCAGGUAUCCAGAGAGGCAGAAAGCCUGUCUGGAGACCCUGCAGUGUCAUUGCCAGUCAGGGUAUACUAUUAGACUAUAAAUGGACAAAUAGCCUGAUCUGAUAUAUGGUAGAGACUCCUGCAUUCUUAGAUAAGAUGCCUGAAUAAACGUAGUGUGUGAUGGACGUGUCACCCAGGGGUCAGGUGCUUUGGCUGAAUAUGCACAUCAUAAUUCUGCUCAUUUAGGCUCAAUGAACAGAACGUUGAUUCAUUGAUAAGGGUGUGAAUAGUCCAGCAGUGAGACGCAUGGGAACUUGGAAGCAGCUGGCAGCCCCCACCAGGAUGUGACAAUGUUAAAGGGGAUUUUUCAUUUGCCACAUUUGCUUGUAUAAAGUUGGCACACUUACAAAAGUUCAUUCUCGAUCUAAAGAGAUUACUGUGCUAGUCACAUUCUCUUUUACAGGGAAGAGCUCUUAAAAUGAGAGCAAACUUUUAAAGGUGCAACCAGCUAGGCUGAUCACUUAUGUGCAAGGAGUAAAACACCAUCUCUUCCCUUUAACUGCAGUUUUAAAAAUCAUUAUUAAAAAAGAUGACACAACCAUGAUGAAUCACAGCAUGAAUGGCUCCCAUACGCAACCCAGAGGCACUUUUCUGUGAAGUGCUUCCAUUAACUUCAGGGUGUAAUAAGUUUGUCUCCUUUAUGCCCCAUAUCAUUGAGGGUGCCUGGUCCUGGCAUUAUUUGUUUGUUACAUUUCUAGACUGUAUUUUGGGUGAAAUGACUACUCUCAUAGCUUUACAACAGUCAUGAAAUACAGCUGAAAGCAUAAAACCCACCAUAAUACAGAUAAGAGCAAGAGAUACAAAAAUACAGUUACAGCACAAAAUAAGCAACUAGCUGCAUUUAUCCACCUGGAAGCAACACCCCUGAAUGUCAAUCAACUAAUUAAUUUAUAAAGUCAAAGCACAAUGGCCAUAACCCAAGUAAGAGACGAAUAUACAUGAAAGUACACAGAGCUGGAAUUGCAUAUAUGGUUGUAGCUGCAGCAGUUUCUCCUACUGAAGUCUAGCUUCUUUUGAAACAGAAUAGUCAUCUGUUUCUUUGGCAGUGAGAACUAUUGAGUAGCCCAGGCAAAAUAGUAUCUCAGCUAGAAAUUGCAUUCUCUUCCAUGCUAUUUCCUUUCUUUGGAUCAUGGUUUUAGUUAGGCUACAAGCCCAAAAGGUGAUAAUUAUUUCUUUGAAUGACAGUCAAGGCCAGAAUAAUUAUACUAUGUAAUCUUGAAGUCAAUAAAUCACUUAGAGAAAACAUGAAUGAAUAUACAUUUACUGUUCAGCUAAUGGUGCGCGGGUGGUGCUGUGGUCUAAACCACUGAGCCUCUUGGUCUUGCGGCUGAUUGGAAGGUCAGCGGUUCAAAUCUGUGCAAUGGGGUGAGCUCACGUUGCUCUGUCCCAGUUUCUGCCAACCUAGCAGUUCAAAAGCAUAUCAGUGCAAGUAGAUAAAUAGGUAUCGCUAUGGCAGGAAGGUAAAGGGCAUUUCCAUGCGCUCUGGCACUCGUCACCGUGUCCCGUUGCACCAGAAGUGGUUUAGUCAUGCUGACCACAUGACCUGGAAAGCUGUUUGUGGACAAAUGCCAGCUCCCUCGGCCUGAAGCGAGAUGAACACUGCACCCCAUAGUCACCUUUGACUGGACUUAACCAUCCAGGGGUCCUAUACCUUUACCUUUUUACCUUUUACUUUUCAGCUGUAUGUCUUUAAAAAGUACUUCAAUAUUUUAUAUUUUCCGCUUGAAACAAAGUCUUUUUGUUGUUGUUGGUAGCCUUACAGAUGCAUUUGCUUUAUAUUUAAGACACGCAUGCAGGCACACACAAAACCCCUGAGGCUUUGAAUUAUUUUCAAGCGGGGAGUGGGGGAAUACUGUCAUUUUUUCCACUGAUCAUGACCACAUCCAAUACAAGUCAAAACAAGUACUCGGAAGACAAGCUAUGACACUCUAGUACAGAAAUUAGAAAAACUAGCUGGACUGUUCCUUCCUGGGCAUCACCUUUACAGUUAAUAAUUCAAAAAUCAGAAGUAGGUGAUUCAUAAUAACGAGCAAAGGGCAGAAUGUCUACAUUGACAUUGGCUGGUUAGCACUGGCAUUAUUAGGCAUGUUUUUCUCAGUUCACUAGAUAGGUCUAGAUAUGACUCAGUAGAUGUAGACGAGUCAAAAUUGCAGAAUUCUAGGAUGCAGUUUUUAAAGCAAUCACUUGAUAAUCAUGUUGAAACAGAUGAACCUGCUAGAUAAAUGGCUAUAAAUUGAAAAUUAACUACCUUUAUCAAGCUGUAAGCAAACCUUCUUGUGCCCUAUGCCAUGAGAGGUUUUUUAAAAAAAAUACAGAUGAAGGUAGAUUGAUUUGUAUCCUGCCACUUCCACAGAGAAAAUUAGCAAAAGCAAAUAUAUAUCCCAAUCCCGCUAUCUUUUCUAGCCAGUAGAUGACUAGAAUACUUUCCACAUUGAUUUCAUUGGGGAAGUCCAUUCUUACAUUCUCAAAGUUUGUUCAUAGGGUGAUACAUACAUACAUACAUACAUACAUACAUAUAUAGUGCACAUAAGAGAUAGAUCUGUGCUCAAGUGUAAGUAUAGGAUACAAUAUCUACUAACAUAUAAAAUACAGUUAAUUACAACCAAUUUGCCCCAUCUGAAUCUUGCUUAAUGAAAGCCAGCUCUCACAGGAGUUUUUACAUCAUUCUGGAAGAUUUAGGGCACAGCCUUCCAGAAUAUCUUUAUUUUAAGCUGGAUAUUUUUAGGUUAGUAAAGGCAGGUCAUAGGGUCUAUUGAAUUUGCAAGUGUUAAAUUCUCCUUCAAAACAAAAUACGGGGCGGGGGGGCGGGAAUAUAUCAAAAAGGUAAAUAUGCUCAGCACAUUCCUUUUAAUAAUGUACGCUGCAUGUUUAGUGUCUGUAUACACAAUCUGGUUCUUUCCCUGUGCUUGCCGUACCAAUACCAAUUUAAAGCCCAUACUCGAAACCAACAGUAGAUGGCCCACUUUUCAUAGAAAGAAAGACCUGGAGAACCCAACACUAGGCCAUGAGGAAAAGGAACAGAUGCACGCACACACAGCCACACACAGCCUUCAUUAUAAACCUGGCAGUCAUUUGCGAGAACAAGUGAAAACAUGAUUAGGAAAAGAAAGAGGUAAUUUCUCCCCCAAAUCAUAUGAGAAACAAGUAGUCAUAAAACAUUAAAGUAAGACGGAUACAGAAACCAACAUAACCCAGAAUGUAAAAUCAUUAUAGGAGUAACAAAAAGAGAUAAGGAUAGUUAGCAUAAAAUUCAUAAGCUAUGAAAACUUAGCAUUAAUUAAAUAAACAACCCACCCUCUCUUUUUUUUAACCUAAAGGAAAUAGUUAGCUAACUAGGGAAUAUCUUCAGAAGAUUUUUCAGAGAAAAUUCGAUUGACACUCUAUGCCCUUUUAAAAUGUGUUGGGGGUAGUUAUUGGGUUGUUGUUGUUUUUAUUUUGAUUAUGUAUUUUGUGGUUUUAUAUUCUGAUUUUAUUCUGUGAACUGCCCUGAGACCUGCAGGUAUAAUAGGCCCAUAUGAAAAGUGCUGACGACUGCUGGACAGAUCACCGAUUAAUACAUUCCACGAUGGCUAUCAAGAUUGUAUCUCAACGUAGGCUUCAAGGAAGGAAACCAAGGCACAAAAUGAACACUCAAGCCCUUCAAGAUCUUAUUAAGUGGGAUUGCUUCCAAACAGCUCUUAAGGACCAUCUGCUUUUGGAGUUCCCUGACAACAUUGAGGAACACUGGACCAAGCUAAAAACAUCCAUGAUUGCAGCCUAUGAACAAGCAGUUGGAUAUCAAACACCAAGAAAUGGUUUGAUAAGAAUGACAGUGAGAUUGAAUGCAUUAUUGACAAGAAAAGGAAGGCCUUUCAGAUCUGGUAAAGAAAUAGAAACUGUGCCACUAAGACAAAAACCUAUGCCAACGCUAAGGCUGAGGUUCAAAGAAGAACCAGAGAACUAAAGAGCACCUGGUGGAUAAAAAAAGCGCAAGAGAUCCAGCACUUAGCCGAGACUCAUGAUGCACAGGGUUUCUUUAAAGCCACAAAGACCAUCUAUGGGCCAAUAAAUCAUGGCAUAUGCCUCCUACGCUCAACAGACGGUACCACACUUUUAAAAGAUAAAUAAGCUAUUGCACUGCGCUGGAAAGAACAUUACCAGCAUCUCCUUAACCGCAACUCCCCUGUAGCUGCCCUGAGGUCCUCUUACAAAUUCCACCCAAAAAAUAGAGAUGAGUUUGCAAUAUCUCCAAAUCUGGGAGAGUUGUGUACAGCUAUUAACCAAAGGAAAAACAACAAAGCCAGCGGGCCUGGUGAGAUACCUGCCGACGUCUUCAAAGUGGGCGGAAUUGAACUUACACAAUAACUUCACAAGCUCAUCGAAAAAGUCUGGGAGAGAGAGGAGAUCCCAGCAGACUUUAGGGAUGGCAAAAUUAUCAAUCUCUUUUUAAAAGGUGAUAGAAUGGAUUGAGGAAACUAUUGAGACAUCUCUUUAUUAGCUGCGGCCAGCAAAAUUAUUGCAAUGAUCUUAGCAAAUCAUCUCCUAACAAUAUCCAAGGCUACUUUUCCUGAAUCCCCAAAUGGUUUUCGACCUUGUAGGGGGACAGUGGACAUGUUUUUCACUGCUUGACAGCUUCAAGAAAAAUGCAGAGAGCAUACUGCCUUCAUGGAUGCUGCUCCCUGUCUGCCUUAAUAUAUGCCGCUCCUACAACAGCGGAGACCAUUAGCAAAGAUAAACAAGGAUGAUUUGAGGGUAAUUGUCCUUGCAAGCUCCCCCCAGGGCCCGGGGGGGGGGGAGUGAGCUUCAUUCGCAGAUCGUCUUGGUACCUGGCUCUCACUCUGGCAUGGAAUUUGGGAGGCAGGGAGAUGCUGAGUGCAAAAGCACUUUGGUAACAACAACAACAACAACAAUAAUUUAUUAUUUAUACCCUGCCCAUCUGGCUGGGUUUCCCCAGUCACUCUAGGCGGCUUCCAACAAAAUAUUAAAACACAAUAGUCUGUUAAACAUUAAAAGCUUCCCUAAACAGGGCUGCCUUCAGACGUCUUCUAAAAGUCUGGUAGUUGUUUUUCUCUUUGACAUCUGGUGGGAGGGCUUUCCAGAGGGCGGGUGCCACUACCGAGAAGGCCCUCUGCCGGGUUCACUGUAACUUGGCUUCUCGCAGCGAGGGAACUGCCAGAAGGCCUUCAGCACUGGACUUCAGUGUCCGGGCAGAAUGAUGGGGGUGGAAACCCCUGACACAGCCAUUAAUGAAGCAAAACCAACCCCUGUAUAUGGCAUUUAUUGACCUGACUAAGGCCUUCAACACUGUAAAUCGUAAUGCUCUGUGGACUGUCCUUCUGAAAAUUGGCUGUCCAGAUAAAUUUGUGAACAUCCUUCGGCUCCUCCAUGAUAAUAUGACAGCAACAAUUGCAGAUAAGAAUGGCUUUCAAAGUGAACCAUUCGCAGUGGGAUCAGGUGUUAAACAGGGUUGUGUACCUCCAAACUAUCCUAAAUAUCUUCGCAGAAGCUUACAAAAAGCUUGGCCCAUCGCUCAACAUCCAAAAAACCAAAGUGCUGCACCAACAAGCACAAAGCAACUCUGCACUGUUGUUUUGGAUCUUUUCUGACAUACGUUUCUUACAAUUAGUGAAAGUUCGUUAUCAGUCCAGAUAGCUGGAGUGCAGGUGACAUUUGUCUGCAAUACAGAAAAACAGAAAGGGUGCCAGCAACAUAGUUUUAAGAAAUGAACAGCUAGUAGAGUGAAAAGAACAUUCAAGAAUCAAUGAGGAUCUAGAAGGAAAGUGCGAAUAUGGGUCCAUUUACUGUAAAAUACAGCAUCACAUUUAUUUCAGAGAAAAAUAAUUCUCACGCAAGUUUUAUAUUAACUUCUGAGUGUAUUUCCCCUAGUUUCACUAUUGGUGUGCUACACCUACCCACUCUGUAUUCUUUAAAUCCAUAAAGGCACACUGUUCCAAGAUGAGCAACACAACAACCUCAAGCUGUUGCUGCACAGCUGCUCUGUCACACUGGCAAUUUCAGUCCUUCUUCACUGCUACAAUGAUUGCUUGUAGUGCAGCCCUGAGAUUUUAAGGCUCGCCCUCUCUGCAACCUAUGAUCGUUUAAUGUAAGGUCUGAAAAGAGCGCCAUCAACAGAGCUGUGCAUAUUCCAUGUACGUGCAGGAAUCUUUUCAGAUCUUACCAUGGGCAAGCAUAGGUCAGAGAUGGAGUUUGCCAUCUCAACACUAUACUCAUCCACACACAUGUGUACA